CCCCGCCCUGGUGUGUGUGGACUCUGGUCCCUGGCUGAGGCAGCAGGACAGCGUUCCCGACGCUCCUCCGGCUCUGAACAUGAUCCUCCCGGUCCUGGUGGCGGUCUCUGUGGUGGCUGUGACGCUGCUCUACUUCCUGCUGCAGAAGAAGAGGCCGCCCGUCACGCUGCAGGACGCCUCCGUCAAAUACGCUCUGCGGCUGGUGGACAAGCAGGAGAUCAGCCACGACACCAAGAAGUUCCGCUUCGCUCUCCCGACGUCAGACCACAUCCUCGGGCUCCCAGUUGGCCAACAUGUCUACCUCUCUGCUAAGGUCAACGGUGCACUGGUGGUGCGAGCGUACACUCCAGUCUCCAGCGAUGAGGAUCACGGGCACGUGGACCUCGUCAUCAAGGUCUACUACAAGGACACUCACCCUUCGUUCCCGGAGGGCGGGAAGAUGUCUCAGCACCUGGACAACAUGAAGAUCGGAGACAGCAUCGACUUCCGAGGGCCUAGUGGGCUGCUGGUGUACCAGGGCCGCGGUCGGGUCGCCAUUAGACCCGACAAGAAGUCGGAGGCCAAGACGCGCAGGUUCAGACACGUCGCCAUGAUCGCCGGCGGGACAGGCAUCACUCCCAUGCUGCAGCUGAUUCGCAGGAUCACCUCUGACCCGGAGGACAGAACCAAGUGCUCCCUCCUCUUCGCCAACCAGACGGAGAAGGACGUCCUUCUGAGGGACGAACUGGAGGCGCUGAAGAAGGAACGACCUGACCAGCUGAAGAUCUGGUUCACUCUGGACAGACCUCCUCAGGGGUGGAAGUACAGCGCUGGGUUUGUGACCAAGACCAUGAUCCAGGAGCGCCUCCCCGCUCCGUCAGACGACACUCUGGUGGUCCUGUGUGGACCCCCGCCCAUGAUCCAGAACGCUUGUCUGCCUAAUCUGAGCCAGCUGGGACACAAAGCAGAGAACAUCUUCGCGUACUGAUGAAGGCGUCUGCGUGUUCGAUGGCCGGACGGAGUCACAGACGCACCGCAAUCGGGAUUGUUAUCAAUAAGAUGUGAAAAUAAAACAGCAUUUCACAGCAUCGGU